CUUCAGACUCCAGCCUGAACGCGUGAGCGAAAAGGGAAGCUGCAAGUUUUCAGUGGAUAUUUUCAGUUUACAGUAUCAUCUGGGAACAUGAUUUGGGAGAAAUGCAGCUACUCAUUCACGUUUUAACGGUUUAAAGCAUGUGACUUAGUUGCAUCCUUUCUGUGUUGGCUUCUCACCAAGACACUCAGCAGAAAGAGGAGCUUUGCAGUCAUCAGCUGGUGCAGGGAAAAAGUCCUUCCAAUGUCGGUACUAGUAGAUGAUCUUUAUUAUGUGCUGCGCAUCGUCCUGGAGUACUUUGGAGUUCCUCCAGACAUGCUGAUUCCGGUGUGGAACAGUCCGCUGUGCGGUCAGUAUCGCAGCAUUGUGCGGAUGAUUGGAACAAAUCUCCCACUGACACCUUCGCCACGAGUCCACUUUCAGGUCCCUCUGCUCAGCUAUAGGCACCGUGACUAUGUCGAGCCCACUGUGGACACACCAGCCAUCCCUUCAUUUGCUGAUGUCAUGUGGGUGUUUGAGGAUGAGGGUGAGAGCUCUGCUAAAACAAGGAACCAUCUACCUCAAAUGAAGCGAAGAACUGUAAAUCAAGAUGUGAUGAGAUACCCAGAACCAGCAUUCAGUCAAGCCCAGAGAGGAGGGCAACCUGUAAGGCAGACUUCUGAUCCAGAAGCUCUGAAGAAGAUCACGGCGCUGGAGAGUGAGCUGCUGAAACUGCGAACUCAGAUUGCCUUGAUAGUUACUACUGCACCAGCGUCAGGUCUGAUUAAAUCCCCUGAUACCCCUGCUUCACCUGGGAUUUCCCUUUCCCAUCCACUUCCAGCUCUCACCUCCACACCUCGCCCCAUGGCUCCUCCACCACCACCGCCUCCGCCCCCUCCUCCUCCCUGCCCUAGCAGCUUCAAUGGGAAUUCAUCUGUGUCAGAGAACAAGAAAGAUGGGAAAGACCUUGAUAAGGAUUCACUGAGGACUAAGAACUCAGGCCCCAGCAGGAAUUCAGAAAAUAAAGGGAUGCCCUCCAUGCUGGAUGUUCUAAAAGACUUAAAUCAAGUUAAAUUGCGCUCAGUGAACAGAUCUCCAGGGGGCACACCAGUUAAUAGGAGGCGCAGUAAAGGAGGGGCAGCUUUGCUUAAUGACCCAGCAGCUCUUAUUGCUGAAGCACUGAAGAAAAAGUUCACCCAUCUCCGCCACAACACUUCCUCUGACAAAGAGAACUCUUAUGAAUGCUCACCUUUUGGCAGUCCAGAAUCACCUAAGGUUCCUCACCGACCUCGACGCAGUGUCGGACGCCGCCACCUCUGACGUCAUUAAAUAGUGGCUUUUGGCAGAAAGGGGUCAAGCAUGCAAUCAGCAUCAACAGCUCCCACAGACGUGCCUCACAGCCGAUUACUACUGCAGCUACUGACUUGUCUUUUUGCUUGUCCCUACUUUCUUACGGUGCUUGUCUUAUUGUGGACUACAAUCUGCUUGUUUCUGUCUCUGCUGGGAUUUUAAAUGUAUUUUCUUGGUUUUUAAGCUGCUGUAAACAAGGAUUUUGGUACACAAAUAUCGUUUUUGUCAUUGGAAUUUUACUAUUUUAACUGUUCUUAGCAAUAUGUUUGUGCAAACCUCCUUUUAAAGCAAAUAAUGUAACACAUUUCAGCAGGUAUGCAGUGCAACUUGUAGCUGACUGCAUUGAUGUUUCACUUUAUGAGCCCUUCGUUCUUACCUCAGCCAAGUGAAAUGAAUAAGAGUGGAUUCAGAGAUUGAUAUAGCUCUCUUCUAUGCAACUGUUUAGGGUAAUAUUUCUAUUUUAUUAAAGAAUUCGAGUG